AUGUCUACCAGCUCGGCACCACACCUGUCCAAGAAGACCGAGGCACGUAGACCGCUCGGAUACCCGCUAUCAUGGCGGACGCUAGCGGAGUUGCCCUUCACGUUGGAGGCAGCACGCAGGGACCUCGAGGCCGCGAGCGCGGGCGACGUUGCAAAGUUUGCGAUGCUGGAAGCGUUGAUCGACAUGUCUCGAUAUUUUCAAGGCCCGGAACAAUCGGAAGCCAUACGGUGGCUCUCCAAGAAGGCCAAGAGGCUCAUCAUCCCGCAAGAGCGUGCGUCGACAGAACUUGCGAUGGAGCGGGAACGAUGGCGCACGGUGAGGGACGAGGCAAGGCGCGAGGUGGCCAAGAUGCGCCUGAUCCCUCCCGAGCUGUUCAUUGCGACGGAAGAAAGUCCUGGACCAUCUCAAUCGCUGGUGGAGCAGCAUGCGAAGCAGCGUGCUAGAGCACGUCGUGCCAAACACCGGAACCGGAAGUCCUGUGCAACACCAGACAAUAGUGGGGGAACGUCCACCGUGGUUGAGGCGGACGAGCAGGGAGAUAGCGUCAUGGAGGAGGAGGCUGCAAGCUCGUCAACGACGGUAACCGUGCCCGUUGUUGAGAUAUCUCCAGUCUUUGAGAGUCCCACCGCGCUGCAUGACUCGGCGGGCUCAGGGCACUUUGAACCUGUGAUCCCCGCAGACGGGUUGAAAGAUGUGGUACAGGACAACACCGACAACACCUCUAACAGUGACAUGGGAUUUGUUAAUCCGCCUGUGUCGCAGACCGCCGUCGUGCAACCUGCACCCCCCCUCACGCCUCUCGCGCGAUCAUCAGUCGUCGGUCUGUCUGGGGAACGGGAUGAUAUGGACGUGGACGGACACUCCGGUGUAGAGGUUAUCGUGGAAGACGCGCCCUUGGGCCCUCCGGUGUCUGUUCAGAGCUCUCCGGCAGCACUCCAGCAGGAGCUUCUUCAGUCCCUGGCAACGCUUAAACCGUCUCAGGAUUAUGUCCUUCCCGAUCCUAUUAUGCCUGCUCCGGACAGGCCGUAUCUCUUCUUCGACGAGGCGGACAGCCUUUUCUUUCACGGCGCUAAGAGGAUUAAGAAGUCGUCAGAGCUCCUCGAGCUCGCGUCAAAAAGGACACUCAACUUGUUCGCCCUCGACGCGUACACCAUGGAUCAUCACUUCGGUCCUUUCACGGAUGUACCCAUCUACGAGGUUCUCAUCUACCUCGAUGCCGUUCUCCCCCGGUCCGCAGGCCAAGGAGGAGUUGACUGGCCAAACGCCCCGCCUUUCUGGCAAAUGCAACUUCUCUUCCUUUUCUAUAUGCUUUUCCCAGACCUCUAUGAGACCGUCAAGCUCAUACGCAUUCGACAAAAGCCAUCUCUGGUUCAGAGAAUCGCGGCUGCAGAGGCAUACCGCGCACCCCCUCGAUUACCCAUUCGGCUGAAACCCGAACAAUAUACGCUACACUACGCAGGCACUGCCCUUCUCGACGGGAGUUGCUUCACGGACUACAUGCUCGACAGAGGAAUCAGCAGAGCGGAAUUGCGACGGUUUUCGAGCGCAGCGCGGGUGCUGGUGCUCUUCAUGGUGAAAAAAAUCGUCCACGUCAAUUUCAUGUCCGACGAACACCUUCGAAGGUUGGAAGAGCUGCUUUGCAGAGGAACGGCGUUUGAUCCUCGCAAUCCCAAGGAUUGGCAUAACUACGCGGUCAGGGAGCUACGAGCUGUAGGGAUGUUCACGAAGUUGUGGGAUGCGUCAGCCGCGUCUAAGGAGCUGUGCCCUGCGUUCCAUUGCGAGAUCGAGCAAGAACGCAGGGAAGCUCCCAAUGCAUGGUUGUAUGGUAAACCGAGAGAAUUCCGGGAGAAGGUGCCAUCAUCUCACCAGGGUGUCGAUGCCAUGUGUCGCAAAUAUGACGGAUAUCGUCGCCCUCUCCUUAUGGCCGAGGUCGGAGAGCCCUCGAACAAACUCCAGUACGGCGGGAUCAAGAUGGUCAGGCCUUGGCAUCUCGGCGCAGAGUCGCAGGAGUGA